CCGAGGUGGGCGGAGCCAGGAAGGCGACAGAACAGCAAUGUCAAGAAGUUUAUGGAGUUGGCACUGUCGUGUAUGCAUCGUCUUUUAGCAAGAGAACACAAACAGAUAAACAGUGGUGUUGACGGAGAAGCGUGAGUCGGACACGGAAACAGCCAUGGACGCUGUGUAUGGAUGGGGUAUGACCCCGCACAACCAAGUCCAAGCAGCGGGCCCCUUCAUAGAGAUCAUCGAGCAGCCGAAGCAGAGGGGCAUGAGGUUCAGGUAUAAGUGUGAGGGGCGGUCAGCUGGAAGCAUCCCCGGAGAGAAGAGCAACGAAACCACCAAGACCCACCCAGCCAUCAAGGUGCACAACUACAGUGGCCCCCUGCAUGUUCGCAUCUCAUUGGUGACGAAGAACCCACCCCACAAACCUCACCCGCAUGAACUGGUCGGAAAAGACUGCAAACAUGGCUACUACGAGGCAGACCUGCAGGAGAGAAGAAUACACAGUUUUCAGAACCUGGGCAUACAGUGUGUCAAGAAGAAGGAUGUGAAUGAAGCCAUCACGUGUCGGCUGCAGACCAACAACAACCCCUUCAACAUUCCCGAUGCAAAGGUGUGGGAGGAGGAAUUUGACUUGAACGCGGUCCGGCUUUGCGUCCAGGCCACCAUCACUCUGCCUACCGGGGAUCUGAUUCCCCUGAAGCCUGUGGUAUCGCAGCCCAUCUUUGACAACAGGGCGCCAAACACAGCUGAGCUGAAGAUCUGCCGAGUCAACCGCAACAAUGGAGGCUGCAAAGGAGGGGAUGAAAUAUUUCUACUGUGUGACAAAGUGCAAAAAGAGGACAUCGAGGUGCGCUUCUUCCAGGACUCCUGGGAGGGAAAAGGCACUUUCUCACAGGCUGACGUCCACAGGCAGGUGGCCAUUGUGUUCCGCACACCGCCGUACCGCGAUGCUAACCUCACCGAGCCCAUCAGAGUCAAGAUGCAGCUGCGUCGGCCCUCAGACCGCGAGGUCAGCGAGCCAAUGGACUUCCAGUACCUGCCCUCUGACCCAGAUGAAUACAGGCUGAAUGAGAAGAGGAAGCGUACAGGGGACAUGUUCCAGAGCCUGAAGCUGGGGCCCAUGCUCUCUAGUGUGUCCAUUCCACAAGAUAGACGGCACAUAAGCCCGGCAAGGAGAACAAUCACAACCAAGCCUCCAUCUAUGAACGCACAAGUUGCAGCUGUGGUGCCCUCUGGUGCCAGUGGAGCCAAACCCCAGUCUUCCUACUCAUAUCAACCGGGCCAGCUUUUCUCAGUCCAGCCCAAGAUGGAGCCAGUCUCUGCUGCAACUACAAACCAAACAUGGAAAAUCAUGGAGAGCCUGCACCUGGGCUCCCAACCCAAGGCCACUCCAGUGCCAAACUCUACCACCACGUCCACCGCCAACCAGGACUACUCAACCGUCAACCUGGCAGACCUGCACGAGUUCUUCCCCAACAUCUCCUCGGCCAUGGCCCAGGAGACGGCAGCUUCUCAGGCCGGUGCGUCCUCCUCACAGAGCAGCAGCUCCUUCACCCUGCAGGGCUCUCAGUACCGGGUGGACCCACCACUUGUGGACGAUGAUAUCCCAGAGUUCCCAAGCUUUUCCGAAGCCCAGCCCCCAGGUGUUCUGGAUAACCUAAACAUGGACGACUUUGAGGACCUCCUGAACCCGAACCUCAUGAACGAGGGUGGAAACGUCCCUGUGAUCUUGGCUUCAGCUUCAUGCCAACAAGCUCACAGCUCGUCUUACGCUGCUCACGCCGCAGCAUCCCAGAUCACAUCUGACCCCGCCGGCCUCCCAGGAAGCACCUGGAUGAAUUACCCCAACAGCAUUGUCCACCUGCUCCAGAACGAGGGCAUGAUUGACAUGUCGUCCAACAACGGCAACCACCGCUCCACCGUGCUCGAUGAGUUCGACGAGUUGAUGUCUGCAGACGAGGAUCGUCUUAUUUCCAUUUUUAACAAUGGAAGCCAAGCUGGGUUUGUGUCAGGACACCCGACUUAAAGUUUGUCCAAGUGAUUUUUAUACGGACAAACUAAGACCACAUGUAUCUGCCCUUCAGAACUAUAAGUCCUUAGUUGUUACAAAAGGAAAGAGGGUGGAUUAAUUAGGGCUUGUAAAAGAUGAUAUGUAGCAAAACUGCUCACCGUGUACAUGCUUUUUAAUAACACCAAAACAAGGAAUCUUUCUGGUAUUCAAUAAGUAGCAUUUAUUUUCCGGAUAUCAUUGUUCAGCAUCAAUCAUUAACUUUGUUCUAUAAAGACGCUGAAUGCAUUUUAUCAAACGUUUUCCUGUUGAUGUUAUUUUCUGUGGAACAUGUUUUUGUACAAUUGUAGUAACUCUGGUCAGUGUUAAUGUGAUUAUAACUCUGUAUGUUUGGUUAAAGCGGUAGGAGUUCGCAGUAGGUUUUGAAUCACACCUGGAGGUAAGUCUAUACAAAUAAUGUCCUUGUAGUUAAAUAUCCACAUUUAUGACUAUGACUUACAAAUACAUUGUCUUUUAAGGUCAGCAGCAACAAAUGAUGUUCUUAUACUCGUGCCUUUGAGUCUCAACACGUACAGUAAUGCGUUACAAACCAAAUGAAGGUCUAUAUAUAUAUAUAUAUAUAUAUAUAUAUAUAUAUAAUUAUCAAGCUACAUUAAUAAGUACAUGCUUAUAGCAGGAGCUCACACUCAGAGCUGUAUCAGAUUAUGUUUUGCUGUCUGCCUCUGGUCCGUUUUUCUACACUUAUGGCUGCAGUUUACCUUAAAGACUUGUAUGUCAACUUGCUUUACUCUGUAGUAAAAAAAAAUGCUUUCAGAUUCCAUUGAUGAUAUGAUGUAAACAUAGUAUAUGUGCCUUUUUGCUGUUAUGAAAAUUCAAAACACUUUUCUUGACAAUAAAACCUACAACGUAUA